CAAAGUUUGAAUUAUACCUUUUUAGAAUUUUUUUUCCUCCAUCUUUUUUCAUUCAAAGGCUCGCUCAAAUCUCUUCAAUUCUCCAUUGAAAUUUUUCAAUUUUUUUUCCUUCUUGUUGGGUUUAAACUCUAUAGAGAAAAUGUCUUAUUCCCAAAUUGGGUUUUCUUCAGCUUUGGUAGUUGUUCUUCUACUUCUUGUGUGUUUUUCACAAGAAGCAAAAUGUGUAUUAAACAAGAAGAAGUUAUUGGCAUCAUUUCCAACAUUAUAUGUUCAUCCAUUGGGAUUAUUGGGAAGGGCAAAUUUCUCAUCAAUUCAGGCUGCCAUUGAUCAUGUUCCAUCAAACAACAGAUACUGGAUUCGUAUUUAUGUCCAUGCUGGUAUAUACAGAGAAAAGAUUGUGAUUCCGGCAGACAAACCUUACAUUUAUAUCCAAGGUGAAGGAAAAUGGAAAACUAGGGUUAUUUGGGGUGACUAUGGCUCAAUUAUGAAUACUGCUACUUUGACCUCCUUAGCUGACAACACUGUUAUCAAAAGCAUGACUUUCACUAAUUCUUACAACUAUCCACCGGAACGGAACUUGAAUCCAAUUGUACCAGCAUUGGCUGGGAUGAUCAUGGGAGACAAAACUGCAUUCUAUAGGUGUGCAUUUCUGGGAAUGCAAGAUACCUUAUGGGAUGAACAAGGCAGACAUUAUUUCAAGCUUUGUACCAUCCAAGGUGCUGUUGAUUUCAUCUUCGGUUCCGGUCAAUCCAUUUACGAGAGAUGCUCAAUCAUGGUAGCAGCUUGGCCUUUGCAUGGAGUGCCUGGAUAUAUCGCGGCGCAAGGGAGAGACCAUCCAAAUGAGACUAAUGGAUUUAUAUUCAAAGAUUGCAACAUAUUUGGUACUGGAAAGACCUAUCUAGGAAGACCGUGGAGACCAUAUUCCAGGGUCAUUUUCUACAAUACCUCAAUGGCAGACAUUGUUGUUCCAGAAGGAUGGAAUGCCUGGAAUUCCAAAGGCAAAGAGCACCAGUUAACAUUCGCUGAGCAUGAAUGCCGAGGACCUGGAGCUAACAAGGCAGGGCGUGUAAAAUGGGAGAACAAUUUCAGUGUUGGGAUGGUGCAGAAAUGGACAGACAUGACAUAUAUUGAUUCUGAUGGCUGGAUCAGUAACCAGCUUUUCAAUAUGUUGGAUUGAAAAAGCAGAGUUUCACCAGCAGCAGUACUAACAUUCGCUAUUUUCGCCUCUCUUUUUUUCCUCUGCAAUCUAUGGUUCUCUUAUGAUUUACAUUUGUACUUGUACAUCAAUCUUUGAUGUCUUGUUUUCGGUGUUUAAUUCCCUGUGAAGGGUUUAAACUAAGAUGCUUGUACCAUUGCACAAUCAUG